ACACAACACACCUCCAUGAUUCUUGUGGGUCUUAGCCAGAUUGGCCAACUGUGACCACAUGGCCCCACCAAACCACAUGCCCAUACACCCUUGUAACUCCCCCAUCCUCCCACGCACCCACCCUUUUGCCCCUUUAUAAAUUCCUCCUCUCUACUUUUGCGCCUUAGCUGUUAUCUCUUUUGGAUUUCACAACACAAUACUCCAGGUUAUGGAUGUUGCUGUGGAGCUCGAGGAUGAUCUCUUUUUUGCAGACUUGAACAAGCAGAUUUCUCUCCUGAUUAUGGAUGAAGAUGAACAAGAAGGCCCGCUUGCUUGUUCUCCUCCCGAGCCCCUUCAGGCUUUCUCCGGGGCAAUAAUCCACCACCCUCCUCCUCUGUCUGUUAUAGUGUACGAGCAGGGUGUGAGAAGGACAAGCAAAGGGACUGGAGUGUUCAUCCCUCAGUCCAUACAACCGAGAAGAAGGCACAGAAGAGGAAGAUCUGGUUCGUAUGCUAAACAUCAGAAGCAAUCUGAAGAUACAAGAAUGGUUUCUCAAGCUCCUGAUAACAGUUAUUCUUUCAGAUCCAGAAAUGGCUGACGUGGACAGAUCUGUCUCCCCCAACAAAACAGAACAGUUUGAUAAAUCCUAAUGAUUUUGUAUUCCUUUGCCAAGUUUAGUAAAUUAUUUAUUAUGUGUCUGAUUCUUUAGUCUUCAGGCAAUAAAUUAAAGUAUUGCUUCGGUGAUUGAUAAAAUAUAUAUAGGUUUUUACUGAUUAUGUACAUGGGAAAGCCUUAUUAUAUGUACUCCACUGCCAAGUAUAUUCAUGAAGGAAGGUUCAUCCAAGGUUUUGUGCCUUUCCAGCAUGUGGACAAGUAUGGGUGUCUUACAGUUUGACUACAUGUAUGCAUCUAGGUAUUGUUUCAGUGAUAAGCUUGUCCUUGAUUACUCAAUAAUAUUAAUCAUACUAUUUCUUAACAA